AUGGCGCCGCGAUCAUACUCAAAGACCUACAAGGUCCCUCGUCGACCAUUCGAGUCUGCUCGUCUGGAUUCGGAAUUGAAGAUUGUCGGCGAAUAUGGCCUGCGCAACAAGCGUGAGGUCUGGCGUGUCAUGCUCACUCUGUCCAAGAUCCGUCGUGCUGCCCGUCAACUCUUGACCCUCGACGAAAAGGACCCCAAACGUCUCUUCGAAGGCAACGCCCUGAUUCGCCGUCUCGUCCGUGUCGGCGUGCUGGACGAAUCCCGCAUGAAGCUCGAUUACGUCUUGGCCCUCAAGGUCGAAGACUUCUUGGAGCGUCGCCUACAAACUUGCGUCUACAAGCUCGGUCUCGCCAAAUCUAUCCACCACGCGCGUGUGCUCAUCAAGCAACGACACAUCCGAGUCGGCAAGCAGAUCGUCAAUGUCCCCUCCUUCAUCGUGCGAUUGGAUAGCCAGAAGCACAUCGACUUCGCCUUGACGAGUCCCUUUGGUGGUGGUAGGCCCGGUCGUGUCAGGAGAAAGAAGGCCAAGGCUGCGGAAAAGAAGGAUGAGGACGGUGAGGAAGGUGGUGAGGACGAGGAAUAG